GAACAGGGGCUAGUAGCGACGUAACGGGCCGCGCACGAUGCAACGACUCGUGCCCCGUUGCGGAGGCCUCCACGGACGAGACACUCGCGAAGUAGCAUUGCAUGAAGUACGCUGACGUGAAGUCGAGUGCAAGGUGAAUUUUUAACGGAACUACAAGAAUAUCAGUUGUACGCAAUGGCGGAUUUGACGAAGAAAGUGAUAGCGAGCAAAGUGGUGCAGGACAGGUGCAGCAAGUGGGUGGAAUCGCAGAAGGAUUUCUCGUACUCCGAAGACGACACGCUGAAGCGAAAGCUGGACGAGUCCGAGUACGACUGGUACAACACGGACUCGGAAUUCGACUCGGUGUCCGAGUGCGGCGGCAAGAGGCGCAAGGUGGGCACGCAGCUGAAGAACGAGAUCCUCGACCUGGCCUGCGAGUGGAAGGAGUGCACGUUCCGCAGCGGUCGCAUGGAGGAAUUCUCGCGGCAUGUUUCCAGCCACAUACCCAGCAUACAGAUAAGCGUGAAGGAUGACAACGAGGUCUACGUGUGCCAGUGGAAGGAUUGUUCGCACGACAGCGACGCGGACGACGAGAUAGUGCGGCACAUCAAUUACCACGCCUAUCACACCAAGCUGAAGUGCAUUGGCUCCAAUAUCUGCGGAAGAACCAAGCUACCUAGAUGCCGUCGAGACCCGGAAUGGAAGAACAUCAUAGAUGUGCCGUCGCCGCACUUGUGUCGCUGGGACGAGUGCCUGAAGAUAUUCAGCAACUAUCAGUCGUACCUGUACCACGUCACGAUGCACAUGAUGGACUACCCGCGCGGCAACAGGGUUAAGGAUAGAGUCGAGUGCAGGUGGACCGGGUGCAACGGAAAGUAUCCCAACUUGUACAGGCUGCGGGAUCACAUGAGAUGCCAUACCAAAGAGAAAAUAGUCGCGUGUCCAGACUGCGGCGCUACUUUCGCGUCGAACACGAAAUUUCACACGCAUUGCCAGCGACAAAUCCCCAUAGACGUGCAGGGAUUCCAGUGCUCGCACUGCAACAAGUUUUACCCAACGGAGAGGAUCUUGCGGGAUCACAUGCGAUCCCACGUGUACAAUUACAAGUGCUCCCUCUGUGACAUGAGCUGCGAGUCGCCAGCGAGCUUAGCUAAGCACGUGAGGUAUCGCCACAUGUCGACCAGGACGUUCCCGUGUCAAUUAUGCUCGCACGCCGCGAAGUCGCAGCAGGACCUCGAUUCGCACAUGACCGUUCACACGAACGGUCCGAAUUUCUCCUGCCACUUCGACGGAUGCCCUUACACGUGCAAGGGAGCCUACACCUUGGACAGACACAUGGAACGGGUGCACAGUCAGGAGGUGCGAUGGUACUGCUGCCACGAGUGCCCGAUUAAGUAUCGGAAGAGUUACAGACUGACGAAGCACCUGAAAGAGGCCCACCGACUGCAAUUGCCUAGCGGACACAACCGCUUCCAUUAUACUCAGGACGAGGACGGGUGUUACAGGCUGCAGAUGAUCCGAUACGAGGCCGUGGAUGAAGAAAAUAUAUCGCCCAUCCAAGAGACGAAUUUGUCGGACAAGAGAUACAAGAUAGAGCUGAAUUCUACUAGAUCUGUGAUGGAAGUAAAAAUUGUCGAAGAUAACGCGGAAGAGAUGAUGGAGGAUCCCGAAGUAGAGGCAAUCGAGAACGAUAUCGGCAAAUCCAUGCCUGUUAUAUCGAACAUUUUAAUAUCGAUUGACGAAGUUGACGAGGAGGGGAAUGUUAUAAAACGGCAGAUUGUCGAAACGCAGGAGACGAGCGAGUUACCUCCGUCAGAAGAGCCACCGCUAAUUUUACUUUAAGUUUAAUAUUUUUUAGUCAGUUUAACUUGAUGUGCAUAUAUAUAUAUAUAUAUAUAUAUGUAUACUUUUAUAUAAUUAUAGAAUGCGAUUUUUUUAUGCUAUGUACAAAUUAUAUUUUUUAUGUUCGCUUAGUUAACCAAUUUUAUGAAAGUGAUGAUAUAAAAUUUACUUUUCUUACAUUUCAAA